AUGGAAAUUAAAUAUUUUUUAGUAUUAUUAGUUGGCUUUUUAUUAGUUUUACCAAGUAUUGUCAAUCCAUAUAGAAAAGGUGUAACAAUUACCAAUCAGCAACCAAAGAUCAACAUUUAUCAAUUAGAUGUUAAUAAUCCUCAUAAUCCUAAUAAUAAUCCUCAUAAUCCUCAUAAUCCUAAUAAUAAUCCUCAUCAUCCUCAUCAUCUUCAUCAUCAUCAUCAUCAUCAUCAUCAUCAUCAUCAUCAUCAUCAUCAUCAUCAUCAUCAUCAUCAUCAUCAUCAUCAUCCUCAUCAUCCUCAUCAUCAUCCUCAUCAUCAUCAUCAUCCUCAUCAUCAUCAUCAUCAUCAUCAUCAUCAUCAUCAUCAUCAUCAUCAUCAUCAUCAUCAUCAUCAUCAUCAUCAUCAUCAUCAUCAUCAUCAUCAUCAUCAUCAUCAUCAUCAUCAUCAUCAUCAUCAUCAUCCUCAUCAUCAUCCUCAUCCUCAUCCUCAUCCUCAUCCUCAUCCUCAUCUUCAUCCUAAUCCUCAUCCUCAUCCUCAUCCUCAUCCUCAUCCUCAUCCUCAUCCUCAUCAUCAUCCUAAUCCUAAUCCUCAUCCUCAUCCUCAUCCUCAUCCUCAUCAUCAUCAUCAUCAUCAGGAAGCGAGUGAAUGUUUAUCUUACCAGGGAAAUAGAAACCGAUUAUUUAUUAAAAGGGAUUAUUAG